UUCUCAAUUUCACUUUCUCCUGGACAUUUCAUCGAACAGGUAGUAGUCAAAACCCUAAACUUCUUCAGAAAUUGUAAGCAUAAUCGGAAGAAUUUGGAGUAGGAGAGAUCAGAAAUGGGCGAUGUAGCUGAUAAAGUUGCUUAUUUUCAAGCGAUUACUGGACUUGAUGAUCCCGAUUUGUGUGCGGAGAUUCUCACUGCACAUAAUUGGGAUCUCGAAUUAGCGUUAUCAAAUUUCACUUCCAAUCCUCGUGCUGCUGCUGAUGCAGAUGCAUCUGAAGCUACUACUUCUAGCACGAAUCCUGAACAAGUAGAAACCGGACUUGUUGGUGCUGCUGGUGGUCCGCCGGGGCUUGCUUGGAAGAUUGUUACGUUGCCGUUUUCAAUUAUUUCAGGUAGUUUAGGGUUAGUUUCAGGUGCGGUUGGAUUUGGCGUGUGGGCGGUUAGUGGUGUUCUAUCGUAUGGGUUAGGUAUGAUUGGGCUGAAUUCGGGACGGAAUGGUGAGUCGUCGUCGUCGACACGUUUGUUGUCGGUAUCUGCAGCGGUAUCAGAAGCUAUGGAUUUUGUUGCGUGCUUCGAGAGGGAUUUUGGUAGUAUAAGGCCGAAUUUUGUUGCUGAAGGUUUUAUGGAUGCAUUGCAGAGGUCUAGGAAUGAGUAUAAGGUACUGUUUGUUUAUUUGCAUUCGCCGGAUCAUCCAGAUACGCCUGUGUUUUGUGAGAGGACGCUAUGUAAUGAGGAUUUGGUGGCGUUUAUUAAUGAGAACUUUGUUGCUUGGGGUGGGAGUAUUAGAGCUAGUGAAGGUUUUAAGAUGAGUAAUAGCUUGAAGGCGUCAAGGUUUCCCUUUUGUGCUGUUGUAAUGGCUGCAACAAACCAGAGGAUUGCUCUGCUUCAGCAGGCAGAAGGGCCAAAAUCUCCCGAAGAAUUGCUUACAGUACUGCAAAGAGUAAUCGAGGAAAGUGCCCCCGUGCUUGUCACAGCCAGGGUUGAGGCAGAAGAAAGAAGAAACAAUAUACGUUUGAGGGAGGAGCAAGAUGCUGCUUAUCGUGCUGCACUAGAAGCUGAUCAAGCUAGAGAGCGCCAGAGGAUAGAAGAGCAAGAGAGGCUGGAGAGGGAAGCUGCUGAAGCUGAAAGGAAAAGAAAGGAGGAAGAAGAGGCCCGGGAAAGAGCAGCACAUGAAGCUGCUGAAAGAGAAGCUGCAUUAGUAAAAAUACGCCAGGAGAAGCUAUUGUCAUUGGGCCCUGAACCUGAGAAGGGUCCUGAUGUUACCCAGGUUUUGGUACGGUUUCCUACUGGAGAGCGCAAGGAGAGGAGAUUUCAUUGUACUACAACAUUACAGUCGUUGUAUGACUAUGUCGAUUCUCUAGGAUGCCUAGCGGUUGAGAACUACAGUCUUGUAUCCAACUUCCCUCGCACUGUAUAUGGUUCAGAGAAGCUCAGUUUGUCCCUGAAAGAUGCCGGAUUACAUCCUCAGGCCAGCCUUUUUAUCGAAUUGAGCUAAAUGAGAACUUUAGAAGUCGGUAUGGUUUAGAAAAUUUUCCUACUAUAAUGUUUGUAAUUCGUCAGAGUAGUUUUAGCAAUUGAAUUCAAUAGAAAAAAUUGUUUCCUAUACUGUUCUUUUGUUUCUGUGACAACAAAUAAAUAAGCGAAUGGAUUUUACUUGUGGUAGCAAAUUUUAGUACACAUUUGUAAAGAAGCUUGUUUUCCUGUAUUUUUGGGCAA